AACCUUAACUCUCCCAACAAAGGUCUGCUGGCCGACGCCAUGACCGACGUGCCCGUGGACGGCGCGGCCUCGGGCAGGACCCCCGCGCCCGAGGGACUGACCCUUGCCGAGGAGGAGGAGCUGAGAUCCGAGCUCGCCAAGGUUGAAGAAGAAAUUGGUACCCUCAGGCAAGUUCUGGCUGCUAAAGAGAGGCACUGUGGAGAGCUGAAGAGGAAGCUGGGGCUGACUCCCUUGGAUGGGUUAAAGCAGAACCUGUCCAAGAGCUGGCACGACGUCCAGGUCUCCAACGCUUAUGUGAAAACAUCUGAGAAACUUGGAGAGUGGAAUGACAAAGUGACACAGUCUGACUUUUACAAGAAGACCCAGGAAACCCUUUCCCAGGCAGGACAGAAGACCUCAGCAGCCCUUUCUAACGUGGGCUCUGUUCUCAGCAGGAGACUUGACGAUUUCAGGGCUCACCCCUUCUCCAAUUCCUUUAGCAGCUACUCCAUUCGCCACUCGAUAAGUAUGCCAGCCAUGAGGAAUUCUGCAACCUUCAAGUCAUUUGAAGAUCGAGUUGGGACCAUAAAGUCCAGAGUGGUGGGCAGCAGGGAGAACAGCACCGAGGGCCUGCACUCCCCCUCGGGAGCUGGAGAGAAACCCCCACAAGACAACUCUCCAUUCUAG